GUCAUAUCACGUGGUACGAGGUAUAAAAAACUUGCGGUGUCCGCCAUUAUUUCACUCUUCACAACACUGGCUUUUCCUCGCUAAACCCACUGCUUUUUCCGAGUGUAAAACGUCUCCUAACCAUGGUUUUUAAACACUGUUGCUAUGGAACGUGCAACAGCGACUCGAGGUACUCUCAUAGACCGCACAUGAAGGACGUUUUCUUCAUUAAUUUCCCGAAAUUCAAGAGUGCCAGGGAGAAAUGUGUGCGCUGGGUACACUUGUGCGGUCGGCCCCCAGAACAGUUCAACCCGCAAAAAGUGACCAAAUUCACGUACAUAUGCAGCAAGCAUUUUGUCGGAGGAAAGGGCCCAACCGAAGAACAUCCUGACCCAAUUCUAGCGACAUCAUGCAGGGAACAGCUGGAUAGGUACUCUCAAUAUAAAAGAAAGACCCCCACACAUCGACUUUUCACCAGUCCGCCGGUCUCAAAAAGGAGGAAACAACUUGUUGGUGGUUCCAAGGGGGAUCUUGAUGCGGCCGCUACUUUGCUUGAUCUGGGUACUACCUCAGUUCAAACAAAUGACGUAACUUCAAAUUCCUCCGUGGGAUCCGAGUUAGAUGUUUUGGAUGAGGCAUUCUCGGCAGCCGCCCUGACCGAAGUGACACAAAAGGAGAAUCUCUGUAGUCGUUGUUCUGCCCAGAUCCAAAAAGUGGACGUAGGAUGCCAGACUGUAUAUUCGAAAUACAUCUUACAGUCUAAAGACGAGAACGUUAUCCUGAGGAAUCGGCUGAACCUGUCAGGAACUACGUCGCCCGUCCCCUCUGAAGGACGUCGGCCUACGCCUCACCUCAGCGUUGACGUCCUCAAGGACGAUGACAGGGCGAUGAAAUUCUUCACAGGGCUUACCUAUCUUCACUUUGUGGCUCUGUUCAAUUUUUUAGGACCUGUGGUGAAUAAUCUGACUUAUUGGAACGGGUCACAAAAGCGGGAAGUGAAGAAAUCUGGAAAAAGGACAACAUCCCCAAUAGAUGAACUUCUAAUGUGUCUUGUAAGAUUGAAAAGAGGAUAUUGCUUCUAUACCAUGUCAUUUAUGUUCAAGCAAUCGGAGUCGUGCAUCAGGUCAAUCUUCACAACCUGGCUUCAGCUCCUGUAUUGUCACUUCAACGAUUUAAGAGCAGUGAUGUUCCCUGACAGGUCUGUGUUAAAGAGGUUCAUGCCGAAAUCAUUCAAGUCGUUUAAGAACGUCCGUUGUUCCGUAGGUUGUACCGAGUUCUCUGUCCGGGUGCCUCGUAACUUUUCUCAGCAGGGUAAUUCGUGUUCGAAUUAUAAACAUCGUCACACUUAUAAAUGCUUGAUAGCGGUUGCGCCUAACGGUACGGGCGUCUUCGUGUCAGAUUUAUACGACGGGUCUAUGAGUGACAGGGACAUUUUUGAGCAGUGUGGCAUAUUGUCACACCUGAACCCCGGUGAUCUCCUGCUGGCGGACCGCGGCUUCACAGUCGAAUACUUGUUGACGCCUAGACACGUACGUGUCAACGUUCCGCCGUCUUUGAACUGUAGAGAAAAACCGACCGCACAAGAGGAACUUUUAACUCGCAGGAUCGCCAAGUCUAGGCUACACGUCGAACGCUAUAAUGAAAGACUGAAGAAGUUUAAAUUAAUAUCGCGCACUAUUCCCUCAACAUUGGCCCCACUUGCAUCUCAGGCUGUAUUUGUUGCAUCUUGUCUGGUAAACUUCCAGGAUCAGUUGGCUAAAUAAUGUCAUUGUAGCCCUUUUGUGUGUAUUGAGUCAAUGUAUGCUGUAAAAUUCAAAAGUAUUUACUUGAACAAUGAACACAAAAUUGCUUUUUCAGUAUGAAAUAUCUGUAUUUGAAUCUACAUGUAUUUUUUUUUUUAAUUUCAAGAAAUGGCAAUAAAAAAAAUGAAAUAACAUUUCUCCUUUUUUUCUGGAAUGUAUGAACAAAGAAUCACAGUUCAAUGCAAAAAAAACAAAAAUUUGAGUCACC